CCCACUGCAACAAAGCCUCUCACCCGCCACCCAGGUGCCCCUGAGCUGAGGAACGCAGGCGGCGGUCGUGGGGAGGGGAAGGGGAGCCCCGGGAGACGGCAGCAGCAUGGGCGGGCGGCCCUCAAGCCCUCUGGACAAGCAGCAGCGGCAGCACCUAAGGGGUCAGGUGGACACCCUGCUGAGGAACUUCCUGCCCUGCUACCGCGUGCAGCUGGCAGCGUCUGUUCUGCGGCAGAUCUCCCGAGAGCUGGGCCCUCAGGAGCCCGCCAGAAGCCAGUUGCUACGCAGCAAAAAGCUGCCCCGAGUCCGUGAGCACCGAGGACCCCUGACCCAGCUUCGGGGCCACCCACCCCGGUGGCAGCCUAUCUUCUGUGUUCUGCGUGGGGACGGCCGCCUGGAGUGGUUCAGCCACAAGGAGGAAUAUGAAAACGGGGGCCACUGCCUUGGCUCCACAGCCCUGACGGGAUACACACUCCUGACUUCCCAGCGAGAAUAUCUCCGCCUUUUGGACGCUCUCUACCCUGAAUCCUUGGGAGACCAUACUCAGGAAGAGCCUGACUCCCUCUUUGAAGUGCCUGUGAGCUUCCCGCUGUUCCUGCAGCACCCCUUCCGCCAGCACCUCUGCUUCUCUGCAGCCACCAGGGAGGCACAGCAUGCCUGGAGGCUGGCCCUGCAGGGUGGCAUCCGGCUUCGGGGCACAGUCCUGCAGCGAAGCCAGGCCCCUGCUGCCCGGGCCUUCCUGGACGCCGUCCGACUCUACCGGCAGCACCAAGGCCACUUUGGCGACGACGACGUGACCCUAGGCUCAGACGCCGAGGUGCUGACCGCGGUGCUGAUGCGGGAGCAACUUCCCGCGCUGCGAGCGCAGACCCUUCCCGGCCUGCGGGGAGGAGGCCGCGCCCGCGCCUGGGCCUGGACUGAGCUUCUAGACGCCGUUCACGCAGCUGUCCUGGCCGGGGCCUCCGCCGGGCUCUGCGCCUUCCAGCCCGAAAAGGACGAGCUGCUUGCGUCGCUGGAGAAGACGAUCCGCCCGGACGUGGACCAGCUGCUGCGGCAGCGGGCGCGUGUGGCGGGGCGGCUGCGGACGGGUAUCAGGGGACCGCUCGAGUCGUCCCUGCGCCGGGAGGUGGACCCGCAGCUGCCCCGGGUCGUGCAGACCCUGCUGCGCACCGUGGAAACCUCCGUCGAGGCGGUGCGGACCCUCCUGGCUCAAGGCAUGGACCGACUGUCCCACCGCCUGCGCCAGAGCCCCUCGGGCACGCGGCUGCGCAGGGAGGUUUACUCAUUUGGGGAGAUGCCGUGGGACUUGGCGCUGAUGCAGACAUGCUACCGUGAGGCCGAGCGGAGCCGGGGGCGCUUGGGGCAGCUGGCAGCACCGUUUGGCUUUCUGGGGAUGCAGAGCCUCGUGUUUGGGGCCCAAGAUCUUGCACAGCAGCUCAUGGCUGACGCUGUGGCCACCUUCCUGCAGCUGGCUGACCAGUGUCUGACCACGGCCCUGGACUGUGACCAGGCUGCCCAGAGGCUGGAGAGAGUCAGGGGGCGCGUGCUGAAGAAAUUCGAAUCGGACAGCGGGUUGGCGCAGAGGAGGUUCAUCCGAGGCUGGGGUCUCUGCAUCUUUUUACCUUUUGUGCUGAGCCAACUCGAGCCAAGCUGCAAAAAGGAGCUGCCUGAGUUCGAGGGGGAUGUCCUUGCCGCGGGCAGCCAGGCUCUGACCACUGAGGGCAUCUAUGAGGACGUCAUCCGGGGGUGCUUGCUGCACAGGAUUGACCAAGAAUUGAAAAAGACCCUUGGUGCCAAUGAUGUAUCCUGCACUCUGGACGGCUGCUUGGAGGUCCCAUGGAUACUGGAGGGAGCAGCCAGCCUGGCCAAGCUCGUGAACAAGCUCAGUGGGAAGUUGUGGAGUGCAUCUGAGCCACAGAGGGACCCUCUAAACCCAGGCUCUGACAUGCAUAUGAGGAAACUGAGGCUGAGUGGGAAGGAGGGGCUUUUCCCAGGCAGCCAGACUCUGGUGCCCAGAUCCAGCCACUCUGCCCACCACCUUCUCGAGGAACAUUCCAGAGCUGAAUCUUCACCCACAUCUAUCUUGUUUCUAUUGGAUAAAUGUCUACAAGUGGGAUUUCUGGGCCAAAACGGAUGUGUCAUCUUUAGGCUUUUGUAACCCCUGCAACUUCAGAAAACUGUGCCAUUUUAUACUCCAAGCAGCAGCAUUUAUUUGUGUAUUUUCUCCAAGCCUUUCUUAAUUUUAAUUUUUUUUUUUUUUGAUACGGAGUCUUGCUCUGUCACCCGGGCUGGAGUGCAGUGGCAGGGUCUCAGCUCACUGCAACCUCCGCCUCCUGGGUUCAAGGGAUUCUCCUGCCUCAGCCUCCCAAGUAGUUGAGAUUUCAGGCGCCCACCACCAUGCCCGGUUAAUUUUUGUGUUUUUAGUAGAGAUGGGGUUUCACCAUGUUGGCCAGGCUGGUCUCGAACUCCUGUCCUUAAGUGAUCUGCCCACCUCAGCCUCCCAAAGUACUGGGAUUACAGGUGAGAGCCACCACACCUGGCCUAAUUUGUUUUUUUUUUAAAUAAUAGAGACAGGAUCUCGCUAUGCUGCCCAGGCUGAUCUCAAACUCCUGGACUCAAUCAAUCCUCCUGCCUCGGCCUCCCAAAGUGCUACGAUUAUAGGAGUGAUCCACCACGUCCAGCCUCCAAAUCCUUUCUAAACACUAGGACUUUUCAUAAAAAGAAAAAAGCUAUGCCAAUUAGACACACACAGAAAUCUCAUGAUUUUAUUUUGAAUUUCUUUGACUAAAUUGAACUUACAAAUAAGUUUAUUAUGGCCGGGUGUGGCAGUGCACACCUGUAAUCCCAGCACUUUGGGAGGCUGAGGCGGGCAGAUCACUUUAGCUCAGGAGUUCAAGACCAGCCUGGCCAACAUAGUGAGACCUCGUCUCUACAAAAAAUACAAAAUUAGCGGCCGAGAGUGGUGGCUCACGCCUGUAAUCCCAUCACUUUGGGAGGCUGAGACAGGUGGAUUGCUUGAGCCAAGGAGUUUGAGACCAGGUUGGGCAAUGUGGCGAAACCCGUCUCUACUAAAAUAAAUAAAUAAAUAAAUAAAUAAAUAAAUAAAUAAAUAAAUUUUUAAAAAAGCUGGACUGAGAUGGGAGAUUUACCUGAGCCUGGGAAGUCAAGGCUGCAGUGAGUGGUGAUUGCACCACUGCACUCCAGCCUGGGUGAUGGGAGUGAGACCCUGUCUCAAAAAACAAAAUCCAAAUAUGUUGAUUAGCCAUUUACAUGUUUGUAGUUUUUUUUUUUUAUUUCAGUGAAUUGCCUGUUCAUAGCUUUUUUCUACUUUUCAGGAGUGUUUGUAUUUUUCUUAUUCAUAUCUAAUAACUCUUUAUAUCUGAAGGAUAUGAAAGCUUUGUGAUACAGGUUACAGAUUUGGGGUUUUUUUUCUCCGCUUGCUGUGAGCCUUUUGGGUUUGUUUCCUAGCUCCAAAUCUUAACUUGGUGUCAAGUUUCCUGGCUGGGAGACAAGCUUUUACCGACUUCCUCUGCUUGCCAGCAAAGUCAUCUGCUAACUGGAUAUUGGCAGCCUCUCCGCUGUCUUGCAGCUGCUUCUGGAGUGGGUUCCACAGGGAUUCCCCUGUGUUCUUGGUUCAGCUUGCAGAGGGACUUUCACACUCCAUGGAGACCGUUUCCUCCCAUUCUGUCUGGAGUUUUCAGCCCACCCCAAGACAAUGAGAUAUUCCUGACCUUUCCACCUAUUUCCCUCCAACCCCACCUUCCGAAAUACAUUUGCUCAAUACAUUUGUACUUCA